GUUUCAAGCCUAGUUCUAACUUACUCAGGAAAAAAACCCUAAAAUGCCCCUACAUAUGGCCAGACUAUAUAAAAUGCUUUGUUUGUUUUAUUAUAUUUUGCUUGAAAUUGUAUUAUGUGAACUAUAUUAACUGAAUUUAUCUUCACUAUUAAAAAAAUAUUUCCUCUAUAUGUGCCCUAUUAGUUGUGUUCCUAGGAAGUAGAAAACAUGCAACCUAGCUAAUUCCAUCAGCUAACACAAACAAAGUAGCAAUACACUAUGGCAUUCACUCUAUCCAAUUUUUCCCAAGUAAUCUUGCACAUUUUGCUCUUAUUUUCUUUCUCCUCUUCUCAAACUCCCUCAGAUUUAGAUACAAUUUGUAGCAACACUCUUUAUCCAACCUUUUGCAAAUCAAUUCUAGCAGAAAAUAACUUGCAAAUUAAAACCAUACAAGAUCAUGGUCGUUUUUUCCUUAGCCAAUCCUUAAUUAUGACCAACAAUUUCAAGUUAUUAGUAAACCAACAUCUCCAAUCCUCUAAGCAAAAUAAUGUUUCUCAAGCUACCAAAUUCGCCCUCCAAGAUUGUCGGUCUCUUACUAGUCUUAACAUCGAUCUUCUUUCUACCACGGCUAAUAUGAUCAAGCCUACCAACAUUCCAAGUAACAUAGACAAGGAUCAUGUCCAAACCAUGCUUAGUGCGGCCAUGACCAAUUUAAACACUUGCUUGGAUGGGCUCAAAGAGGCGCGUCCACAAUCUAGUAUGACUCAAGCCCUAUUACCUCAAAUCUCAAACAACACAAUGCUUCUUAGUCUAUCCCUUGCACUCUUUAUACAAGGUUGGGUUCCGAAAAAUAACCCAAGUGAUAUUUUACCCUUGAAAUAUGAUCAAAUUAGAACAAGGGUAGAUAAUUUUGGAAAUAGUGGGAGGAAAUUGCAACAAAUUGGUGAAAUGAUGAAUAUUAUAAUUGUGAAUACUACGGUGGUGGUUAAUCCUGAUGGAAGAGGAGAUUUUACCACUAUCAAUGAUGCAAUUACUGCUGCACCAAUAAAUAGAAUGCCAAAUACCGGCUAUUAUGGUAUAUAUGUGGCUUCCGGGGUUUAUCAAGAGUACAUCAAUAUUCCUAGUAACAAGAAAUAUUUGUUGAUCAUCGGUGAUGGUAUUAAUCAGACUAUAAUCACUGGAAAUCGGAGUGUUGGUGACAAUUCAACUACUUACAACUCCGCUACAUUUGCUGUGAAUGGCGUAGGAUUUGUUGCAACGGACAUAACCAUCCGCAACACAGCAGGGGCAAUCAAGCACCAAGCCGUGGCACUUCGAAACAGUGCUGACCUUUCAGCCUUCUACAGAUGCAGCUUCGAAGGGUAUCAAGACACAUUGUACGCACAAUCCAUGAGACAAUUCUACAAAGAAUGUGACAUCUAUGGAACAGUCGAUUUUAUAUUUGGUAACGCAGCAGCAGUCUUUCAAAAUUGCAACUUAUAUGCUAGACAACCGUUACCAAAACAAUUUAAUCUUAUAACUGCUCAAGGCCGAACUGACCCAAACCAAAACACCGGAUUCUCAAUCCAAAAUUCCAUAAUUAGAGCCGCCGAUGACUUAGCAUCAAGCAAUUUUACCGUCGAGACUUAUUUAGGGAGGCCGUGGAAGGAAUACUCUAGAACAAUUUUUAUGCAAUCGUUCUUGGAUAAUUUGAUUCAACCUCUUGGUUGGCAUGAAUGGAAUGGAAGUUUUGCACUUGGUACGUUGUACUAUGGUGAGUACAACAACACUGGACUAGGGUCUAACACUGUUAACCGUGUCACGUGGCCGGGGUUCCAUGUGAUUAAUCAGACCAUAGCAUCUUAUUUUACCGUGUCUUAUUUUAUUGUGGGUGACUUUUGGUUACCCUCUACUGGAGUACCUUAUAUCUUAGGUUUGGUUUAAUUACUCUGUAUCUAUGUAUAUUUAUAAACAAAAAUAUUAUGUAUAUUAUGAUAGUCAUUUUAAAAAACUGAAAAAAUCAAAAUUAAGAGCCAUAUGAAGUAUAUUGAU